AUGGUGGAGGGAGCAAAGAAUCCAGCCGCUGAUGGAACGGAGGGGUGGCGGUUGUAUGAUGAGAGCGCGGAGAAAAUUGGCUCCAGCCGAGAGCAGCAGGUGCUGUUGGAGCUCAAAAAAAUUCUCGGCUGGACGCCCUCCGUGACGCUUGACGCCUCCGUUGACGCCUUCCUCCUCCGGUAUUUGUCCGCGGUGCAUCUCUCCGUCUCGGAGGCGGUGGCGCUGCUGAAGCAACGACGUUCCUACGAGAUGAGUCUGCUUUCUCUACAUAUUACUGCUCCAGUGCUGGAAGUCUUGCGCAGUGGAACGGUUUCUGUCAUUGGCCGUGACGUGUUGGGUCGUCCGGUGCUGUACGUCAGGGCCCAUCGCUUCAUUCAGUUCGGGCUUGAUGCCCAAGACAUGCAGCGCUUUCUGUCGGUUGUCAUGGAGUAUAUGUUAUCGUACUGCACACGGGCGCCAUCGUCGCCAUCGCAUGGCAGUAGGAAUGGCAAAACGUUGCCUUCGUUACACCAACAGCAGAUCAUCCUCUUGGUGAAUGAAGAGGUCUCAUCGUGGCAUGCCAGUCAGGCAGCACUUUCAAACGCGCAUGCCUUCCGUAGCAUCAUGAAGAAAUAUUAUCCUCGGUUUAUCGGGCUGCUGCUGAUCUUUGAGGCCUCAUGGGAUGUGCGUCAGGGAAUUAAAGCUGCCUUUGGUGACAAUCCAGGGGAAGAAAAGCGUGUGGUGCAGAUGGUCACACGGGGGAAUAUUCAGAAGUAUAUUGACCGUUAUGUGCUGACCCAGGAGUUGGGCGGCAGCAACACGUCGGUGGAAUCGCCCGAUAAUUUUGCCGAUGCCGUUCUUUCUCACUGGUUUAACGUCAGGAGUUAUUUGUCUUUGGAAGACCCCAAGACACGACCCUUGUGGCAGUUGCCACCGUCCUUUGUAAACAUCAACGACUGGAACCAGCACCUGCAACGCCGAGAAAUGGCCGCCACAUUAAACCCCGAUGGGAACGGCUUGCCGCAGGCACAACAGUUCCUUAGCCGCUGUACAAGCAGUCAGUUUGAUUCUAUAACAUGCACUUCCCUCCGCCGUUCAACCGUCCUUCGUAGGGGUUUAGACGAAGAUGAAGGCUUUUGUUCCGCCCUCUCCGAAGUGGAGGACAUGUUUCCCAGUUUUAAUAGCCCCCGGCUUACACCUAGAGAAGUCUCAUUGGAUAUGGAUGGAAACAAUAGUUCAGCAGCGGUGUUACUUCGGGAAUUACAUAAAGAGCGGGAGCUUCGAAUAGCGGCCGAGCAGCAGUUAAGGAAGGUGCGACUUGGCAUUACGCUUGAUUUGUCAAUGGCAACAGAAGUUGAGCGCAUACUCACACAUAUACACAGGGAACUCAAUGUUCUUGUAGCAAAUGUUGUCACUCGUGCAAGAGAUGCGGCAGCAAACGGCUCUCCUCCAACACUUUUGCAACUUCUUGAUUUGACGCUUUUGGCAAUAGAAAUGGCGGUUCAUAAGGCACAACGUGUUCCAGCGAUGAAGUUUGCAGUGCCUGUGACUCAAAGUCCAGAGAACGAUUCCCCGUGUUGUUGUGUGAUGUAG